AUUUAAAUCCCCAAAAAUUCAACAUUAAGGUCCUUGCAAUUGAAGUGUUCUUCAAGACAUCAAAAACUCAGUCUCUCUUUCAUUAGCAAAAGCAUUCUGCAAAAAACUUCGAUUUGUUUCUCCAAAUCACUCUCCAAUGUCGAUCUUUGAGUAUAAUGGAAGUGCUUUGGUUGCGAUGGUUGGGAAAAACUGUUUUGCUAUUGCGAGUGAUAGGCGUUUUGGAGUACAGCUGCAGACAAUCGCUACUGAUUUCCAGAGGAUUUAUAAAAUACAUGAGAAGCUUUUUAUUGGACUUUCUGGCUUGGCUACUGAUACUCAAACACUGCAUCAACGCCUCAUGUUCCGUCACAAGCUAUAUGAGCUUAGAGAAGAUAGGGAUAUGAAGCCCGAGACCUUUGCCAGUCUUGUAUCUGCUAUGCUUUAUGAGAAAAGGUUUGGUCCAUACUUGUGCCAGCCUGUAAUUGCUGGAUUAGGAGAUGAUGACAAGCCUUUUAUUUGCACAAUGGACUCUAUUGGAGCAAAGGAGCUCGCAAAAGAUUUUGUUGUUUCUGGUACUGCAUCUGAAUCACUUUACGGUGCCUGUGAGGCCAUGUACAAGCCCGACAUGGGACCGGAAGAAUUGUUUGAGACCAUCUCUCAAGCACUGUUGUCAUCUGUAGACCGUGACUGUUUAAGUGGUUGGGGAGGACAUGUUUAUGUUGUGACACCAACUGAAGUGACAGAGAGGAUCUUGAAGGGAAGGAUGGACUAAACACUUGUGGGGUGCUAUACUAGUUCACUAUUGCAUUUCACUGGGAUGACAUUUCACUUGUUUUGAUGAAUACUCAACAUUUCAUAUUUGAUGUUAUCGUAUCAACUUCUCUCCAAGAUUGUUAUUUAAUAGAUUCAGUUGUCUGUCA